CCCAUGUUAUCCCAAAACCUACCUUCCUCUCUGUUUCUCUCCACGAUUAAAUUAUCCAGCCCUUCAUGUCAUCCCCAACCAGCCAACUUUCUACCAAUCUAAUAGCAUAACCCAGACCCAAUUGCAUAAACUAAACCAAAGCCCAUCUGCAUGCAUCCGACAAUCAAAACAACAGCAAACAUAUUAAAAUUAAAAAGCAAACCUGUUCUUUGGAUCCAGAUCUCAUGCUUUUCUACUAUAAACAAAACAUGGGGUUCCUCCCUCUACAAUCCCAACACAGAUCAUCUCCUCUCCCCUUCUCCCAUCACCAAUGCCUUCAAACCCACAAUCACUGUCCUCUAGUUUCCACACCUUCAGUUCCAUAAUUCUUCUCCUCCUCACCAUAAUCUCUUCCUUCUUGUGCUGCCUCUCUAUUGAUGACCAAGCCCUGGCUCUCUUAUCAUGGAAGCAAACUCUCAACAGCACCACAGAUGCACUCAGGUCAUGGAAGCCUUCGGACCCCGAUCCAUGCAAAUGGUUCGGCAUCGCCUGCAAUGCCAAAUCCGAAGUCAUCGGCCUAAGCUUGAAGUCAGUGAAUCUUCAAGGUCCAUUGCCUUCAAAUUUCCAAUCUCUCAAGUCCCUGAAGACACUCAUUCUUUCUGCCACCAACCUCACUGGCCCAAUCCCAAAAGAAUUUGGAGACUACCAGGAGCUGGCCUUCAUAGACAUCAGCAGAAACCAAAUAUCCGGCGAGAUCCCAGCAGAGAUCUGCAAGUUGAACAAGCUUGUGUCUCUCUCUCUGAAUUCCAAUUCUCUGCAAGGAGCCAUUCCCUCUGACAUUGGCAACCUCUCAAGCCUUACUUAUCUAACUUUAUUUGACAAUAAUCUCAGUGGUGAGAUCCCACCCACCAUUGGAAAACUACAGAAGCUGGAAGUUUUCCGUGCCGGGGGGAACCAAGAUCUCAAAGGCAUAUUGCCUCCAGAGAUUGGAAACUGCAGCAACCUUGCCAUGCUGGGCCUCGCCGAAACCGGUAUAUCAGGGAGCCUCCCUUCCACAAUUGGAUUGCUGAAGAAGAUCCAGACCAUUGCUAUCUACACUGCCUUCCUCUCAGGUCCAAUCCCAGAAGAGAUUGGCAAUUGUACUGAAUUGACAAGCUUGUACCUGUAUCAGAAUUCUCUGUCAGGUUUCAUUCCAGCACAGCUUGGCGAGGUCCAAAAGCUUCAGAGUCUACUCUUAUGGCAGAACAACUUGGUGGGAGCGAUCCCUCCGGAGCUGGGGCGAUGCAAAGAGCUUGUUCUUGUGGACUUGUCACUGAAUCUUCUUACUGGAAGCAUACCUAGAAGCAUCGGGAACCUCUCAGAGCUUCAACAGCUUCAGUUGAGUAGUAAUCAGCUGACAGGUCUGAUACCACCCGAAAUCUCCAACUGCACUGCUCUGACCGAUCUCGAGGUGGACAACAACUGGCUCUCCGGCGAGAUCCAGAUAGAUUUUCAGAAAUUGGAAAAUCUCACCCUGUUCUAUGCCUGGCAGAACAGGCUGACAGGGAAUAUUCCGGCGAACUUGGCCCGAUGCCACAACCUUCAAUCGCUCGAUCUCUCUUACAACAAUCUGACCGGGCCGAUACCGAGGGAACUCUUCAGGCUGCAGAAUCUUACCAAAUUGCUCCUCCUGUCCAAUGAAUUGUCAGGAUUCAUACCACCGGAUGUCGGGAACUGUACUAGGCUCUUCCGGCUCCGGCUGAAUGGUAACCGGCUUGCGGGGGCCAUCCCCGCCGAGCUUGGUAAUCUAAAGAACCUCAAUUUCCUUGACUUGAGCAACAACCGGCUCAUAGGUCAGAUCCCACCGGCGGUAUCAGGAUGCGAGGAUCUCGAAUUCCUCGAUCUUCAUUCGAAUGCUCUCAAUGGAGCCUUGCCUGAUUCAUUCCCAAAGAACCUCCAAUUCAUUGACGUCUCGGAUAACAGGAUCACCGGUCCGCUGAGUCCCGGCAUCAGGUCGUUGCAGGAGCUGACCAAGCUUAUCGCCGGGAGGAAUCUGCUAUCCGGCAGGAUUCCGGUGGAGAUUGGAUCCUGCAGCAAGUUACAACAGCUGGAUCUCGGUGACAAUGCUUUCUCCGGUGAGAUACCGCCGGAAUUAGGCCAGCUUCCAUCCCUCGAAAUCUCACUCAACCUCAGCUGCAACCAUUUCACUGGUGAGAUUCCAAGCGAAUUCUCCGGCCUGGGGAAGCUCGGCUGCCUCGACAUCUCCCACAACGAGCUCACCGGGAACCUCGACGCACUAGCCUCGCUCCAGAACCUUGUAGCUCUGAACAUUUCCUUCAACACCUUCUCCGGUGAAUUGCCAGACACCCCGUUCUUCCGCAAGCUCCCACUCUCCGAUCUCGCCGGAAACCAUGGCCUGUUCAUCUCUGGCGGUCCCACGGCCCAUGAGGACUCAUCUAGCAGGACCACCAUCUCUGCCCUGAAGCUCGCCAUGUCGGUCCUCAUCAGUGUAAGCGUCGUGCUGCUCCUGAUGGCCGCCUACGUGCUGGUUCGCACUCGCACCAGCCUGCGUGGAGAUGCAGAUGGUGGCGCAUGGGAGGUCACUCUGUAUCAGAAGCUCGAUUUCUCGGUGGAGGAAGUAGUCCGGGGACUAACGUCGGCGAAUGUGAUCGGAACAGGAAGCUCGGGGGUCGUCUACAAGGUCAGAAUUCCGACAGGCGACACGCUGGCCGUCAAGAAGAUGUGGUCGUCGGACGAGUCAGGGGCGUUUACCAAUGAGAUCACUGCACUGGGAUCGAUACGGCACCGGAACAUCGUCCGGCUACUGGGAUGGGGAGCGAAUCGGAGCACGAAGCUACUGUUCUACAACUAUUUGCCGAAUGGGAGCCUGAGCGGGUUCCUUCACCGGAGCGGGAAGGGGGUGGCAGAGUGGGAGGCGAGAUACGAGAUUGCGGUUGGGGUGGCGCACGCCAUCGCCUACCUGCACCACGACUGCGUGCCGGCCAUCUUGCAUGGCGAUGUGAAGGCCAUGAACGUUCUGUUGGGGCCAAGAUUUGAGCCAUACCUGGCGGACUUUGGGCUGGCUAGAGUUUUGACCCGGGUUAAUGAUGGUGCUUAUGCUAGCAAGUUGGAUUCCAAGGCUCCUCGCAUUGCUGGGUCUUAUGGAUACAUAGCUCCAGAGUAUGCUUCGAUGCAACGAAUCACGGGGAAGAGUGAUGUCUACAGCUAUGGUGUUGUUCUGCUUGAGGUCCUCACAGGAAGACAUCCUUUGGACCCUACACUUCCUGGAGGAGCUCACUUGGUUCAAUGGGUCCGUGACCACUUGCACAGCAAGCGAGACCCAAGAGAUCUUCUUGACCCACGGCUCAGAGGCAGUCUGGACCACCAGAUACAAGAAAUGCUGCAAGCACUUGCCAUCUCAGUCCUCUGUACUAGUCCUCGCGCCGAUGACCGGCCCACUAUGAAGGAUGUUGCUGCAUUGCUUAAGGAGAUCAGACGACCGGUGAUCGAUGAGCCUAAGGAGGCCACCAUCGAUGCUGCCACCGCCGCUUCUUCGGACAGGAGCAUGGCCCUGCCGGGCUCAUCGAAUUGCUCAUUAGCGAUGUCUGAUUACUCCGACUGAAGUAGGAUUGAUAGCUUGUUAAUGGUAAAAAUUUUUGUAAUGACCUAUGGUUUUACAAGGUUUGCUUGCAUUAAAAGCCACAAGUGAUGUCUUGCUUGCCCUUGUGAAUCACAUUAAUCUGUUAGAUAAUGUAGCUGUAUUGGCUGAA